GACCCGAACCGUGACCCUCCCCCCGCCAGCAAACGAGCACCGGACCUGGCAAUGGCCAAGGUCGUCUUCUCCUCUCUGCACCCCAGGGUCUGGGCCCGCGUCCGGGGCCUAGCCUCUCCCCUACCGAAGCAUGGUGCCGCCAGACGGCCGCUGAGUGGUGAAGCGGAGUCCGUGGGCCGGGAACCUCCAGGCGGGGAGCCUUUGGCGGAGAAUGGCAAGUCGCUGAGUAACCUGUCCAUCACAGGGAUGGACCUCAGCCAGGUUCAGCGGAACCGGCGGUGGCCCACCCGCCUGAGGCAGUCGGCGAUCAACGAGAAGGGCCUGAAGCAGUUCCUGAUGGCCAGGGGCGCCAGCCAGGAGGUGGUGGCCAACAUCAUCACCCGCUACCCCCGGGCCAUCGUCCAUAGCCCCCAGGUCCUGCAGCGGCGCUGGGAGUUGUGGCGUGGUAUCAUUACCUCCGACCUGGAGGUGGUCAGCAUCCUGGAGCGCUGCCCCGAGUCCUUCUUCCGCAACAACAGCAACACCAACCUGGAGCAGAACAUCGCGUUCCUGUCUUCGCUCGGGCUGACCCCCACCUGCCUCUCCCGUCUGCUGACCAAGGUGCCCCGCGCUUUCUCCAACAGCCUGGAGCUCAACCAGCAGAUGGUGGAGUACCUGCAGGGGGUCUGCCAGUCCCAGGGGGGCCAGAGUCCCCAAGGCUUUGUCCUCAGGGUGCUCUCCAAGAACGCUUUCAUCCUCAACCACAGCAUCAAGCGGGUGGAGACCAACAUUGACUUUCUGAAGGGCACGUUCCACCUGGGCGGCAAGGACCUGUUGGCUGUGCUGGGUGGGCCGGGGAGCAAGAUCCUGGACAUGUCCAAUGACUGCAUCAAGAGGAACUUCUGGAACAUCGAGGCCAAGCUGGCGGGGCUGGGCUGCUGCCAAGAAGAGGUGCGCGCCUUCGUCCGGAGUUACCUGCCCAUGCUCUUCCUGUCCCGGGCCACGUUCAACGACAAGAUCGACUGCCUCCUGCAGGAGCGCAUCGCCAUCUCGCAGAUCAAGGCCUGCCCCAACGUGCUGAGCGCUAGCGUCAGCACGCUCAGGAGCCGCGCGCGGGAGCUGGUGGACGCUGGCUGCCACCGAGGGAACCUCAACAUCCUCUUUCUGUCUUGGAGCAAGAACAGGUUCGAUGCCAAGAUGCGCAACCUGCUCAAGGAGUCGGCGGGCACCCGGAUGAGGGGCAGGCAUCCGACCACGAGUCCCUGAUUCCACCAAUUUACCGGGUGGCCCCAACCACCUGUCUGGGCCCGAGUACGGGUGGGGCGGUGGGGGUUCCCAAUCCAUCCAUCCCCACCCGGGUCCGGGCCCUCAGAGGACCCUCCGCCCCCUGGUUCUUAGAGAGGGCUUUCUGCACCAACAUUCCUUUUUUCCAGAAGACAAAGGGUGUGCCUUUCAUGGGUGAGAACAGCGAGGUCAGGGGACAUCAGCAGUGCCGAUCGGCGUCGGGUGAGGAGCGUAGGGAAGCAAGACCCUGCCCCCGUCACUGGUGCCGUGGUGGGCAGAUAAUCUAGGCAACCUUGUCUCUCUCAGGCCGAUCCAAGAUCCCACGAGUGGCACGAGACCAGGGCACGGAGAAGCAGCCCUCAAGUAGGGGCAGAGGAAGGCUGGGGGUGGGGCUGGCAGCGGCUCCUCAGAACACCGAGGGCCCCGUCUCUGUUCGGGAGUCUUCCCUCCCUCCGGCCCCGCAGCUGCUGUUUGCUUCAGCUCUGGUCCUCCCCCUGCCCUUGACCCCAAAAUGGAAGACCCCAGAAAACCACAUCUUGACAAGGGUCAUUCAGUCGUACUUAUUGAGCACUUACUGUGUGCAGAGCACUGUACUAAGUGCUUGGAAGAGUACAAUAUAACAGACACAUUCCCUGCCCACAACAAGCUUACAGUCUAGAGAGGAGCAUCGCAGCCACCCCAACCCCAGCUGGGUCUCAGUUGGUGGCCGGGCCCCUGGACCCAAAACCUGCACCUUGCCCCUUCCUCCCAAGGGAGUUUUGGACAGCGGGGGGCUUCUGUCCUCCUCUUCUUGGGGGGCAGGAAGGGGUGAGGGGGGCUGCCACCUUCUAUCCCCAGA